AAUUUUAAUCAAUGUGGUAUAACGUUACCUAUACAUACCAUGUCGUAUAUAUGACCCUAUUUCGAUACUUUAGCAGUGGACAUCUGAGCAACAAUUUAUUAUUAAAACUAUACAUGUCUGUACAAUGUGAACUAACAUACGUACAACUCAAUUUUGAAGAAACUUUAUUUAAAAUGCGUCUUAUUUUGUAUCACGUACAUUACGUCAUUGAGCGUUGGCCCGUGACGCUGCGUCUCUUUGUUGGCCCAGCAGCAGCGUCGCUUCUCUGUUGUUGUUUUCUCUUCCACUGUGAAAACAAGAAAUGCUAGCAAGCUAAAGAAGUAUUUUCAAUACGUUUCGCUAUAUUUUUGAAAAGACAGCCCUCAAACUAAUCUCGCUUGGCGUGUCACAACAUUAAACGCAACCCAGCCAUGGACUCGGACGAGGGUUACAAUUACGAAUACGACGAUGACGAGGAAUGCAGCGAAGACAGUGGCGAUGAGGAGCCCGCGGACGACACCCUGGAGCUCGGGGAUGUGGAGCUUGUCGAUCCCGUGGUGGCCGGAGGAGAGCGAGACGACUGCGGGGAGACGGGAGGCAGCGGGCCCGGACAUGAUGAGGAAGACUACCGCUUUGAAGUUCUCACCGCCGAGCAGAUCCUGCAGCAUAUGGUGGAGUGUAUCAGGGAGGUCAACGAGGUCAUCCAGAAUCCUGCUACUAUCACUAGAAUAUUACUGAGUCAUUUCAACUGGGAUAAAGAAAAGCUGAUGGAAAGGUAUUUUGACGGUAACCUGGACAAGCUGUUUUCAGAGUGUCACGUUAUAAAUCCCAGCAAGAAGUCUCGGACACGCCUCAUGAACACUAGAUCGUCCGCACAGGACAUGCCGUGUCAGAUCUGCUAUCUCAACUAUCCUAACUCGUACUUUACUGGUCUGGAAUGUGGGCACAAGUUCUGCAUGCAGUGCUGGGGCGAUUACUUGACAACCAAAAUCAUAGAGGAAGGAAUGGGACAGACCAUUUCCUGUCCUGCUCACAGCUGUGAUAUUCUGGUGGAUGACAACACAGUCAUGCGACUGAUUACAGAAUCAAAAGUGAAGUUGAAGUACCAGCAUUUAAUAACCAAUAGUUUUGUAGAGUGCAACCGACUGUUAAAAUGGUGUCCGGCACCUGACUGUCAUCACGUUGUCAAAGUUCAGUACCCAGAUGCCAAACCUGUACGAUGCAAGUGUGGUCGGCAGUUCUGCUUCAACUGUGGAGAAAAUUGGCAUGAUCCAGUCAAGUGUAAGUGGCUAAGGAAAUGGAUUAAGAAAUGUGACGAUGACAGCGAGACGUCAAACUGGAUUGCGGCAAAUACGAAGGAAUGCCCGAAAUGCCACGUCACCAUAGAGAAAGAUGGCGGCUGCAACCACAUGGUCUGCCGGAACCAAAACUGCAAAGCUGAGUUCUGCUGGGUUUGCCUGGGGCCAUGGGAGCCACAUGGUUCUGCUUGGUACAAUUGUAAUCGUUACAAUGAGGAUGAUGCCAAGGCAGCCAGGGAUGCUCAAGAGUGUCUUCAUGUCUUUGCAUACAUGCAUGUCGGGCAGCGUUCCAGGGCGGCCUUGCAGAGGUACUUGUUUUAUUGCAACCGCUACAUGAACCACAUGCAGAGCUUGCGCUUUGAGCACAAGCUGUACGCCCAGGUCAAGCAGAAAAUGGAGGAGAUGCAGCAGCACAACAUGUCGUGGAUUGAGGUGCAGUUCCUGAAAAAGGCAGUGGAUGUGCUUUGCCAGUGCAGAUCAACGCUCAUGUUUACCUACGUCUUCGCGUUCUACCUCAAGAAGAACAACCAGUCCAUUAUUUUCGAGAAUAACCAGGCAGAUUUGGAGAAUGCCACUGAGGUGCUGUCUGGAUACCUGGAGCGUGACAUCUCCCAGGAUUCUCUGCAGGACAUUAAGCAGAAAGUACAAGAUAAAUACAGAUACUGUGAGAGCAGAAGGAGAGUGCUGUUGCAACACGUACAUGAAGGCUAUGACAAAGAUCUGUGGGAGUACAUCGAAGAUUGAGGCUACAUCUCCACAUCACAGACUCUCGGAGAGAAACUCCACCCCCUAGAAAGAACUGAGCAGCACAGAUCUCUGCUGCCUCCUCCCUGGCAAACCGCCCUGCAUUGCAUAAUUUUUCCAGAGUUUUGUUUCAUGCAAAGCAUAAGAGUAAAUUAUAUUUAAAUAAAAAAGUUAAUAUUAAAAAUAUUACAUGUUCAACAGUAUUGUUAGCAGCGCCAAGCGCGAUGCUGAGAGAUGCAACAAAAGGCGAAAUAUCUUCCAUUUGCUUGCAUUGUAAAGUCUUGCCCUUAGAAAUCUUUCCCUUACUUAUCAGUUUGUGGAUGUGUUCUGUUUGACUUUAUUUUAUACGAUCUUUAUUUGUGUGAGUUGAAAAUGGACAUCAUUUUCAAAACGGCUUUAAUUUUUCUGUCCAUGAUCGCUUUAUGGGGCUGGAUAUGGGUUGCUGACUGUUGAAGGGUUGGUUCGAAAGGGGCGAUUUUUUUUUUUUUUUUUUUUUUUUUUUUUUGAGCAAGAACAUUAGUGGAAUAGAACACGCAAAAAAGUCAAAAUCGGUAUUUUUCAAUUUGUAUAUAAUGCAUAUGCAUGAAAGUUAAAGAAUAAGAGUGUGGCAUGUGCAUCAUUUUUUAAAGAUAUUUAUCUUUACAGAUAUUAAAAAAAAUGUAUAUUUGCUGUAUAGAUUGAGUGUCUCCCUAUCUUGGAUCAUCCUUGUAAAGAGAGUUAGGACUUGACAUAAAUCAUGAGUCCGUGUCUCUUGCUCCACAGGGGCCGAGCAGGGUUAGAUUCUGCCAAAUCGAGCAGAACAUGCCGAGGUGGUGCGUUCUGGAGACUACAAACUGAAUUCCCUGAAAUUUGUGGGAGCUUCUGGCUUCAUGGUUGGAGGAAAUGGGGAUGGUGUAAUUUUUCGCUGCUUUUUCCAACUUUUAAACAGGACAGUGGUUUUCCUCUGCUCUGCAUUGUUUGCUGUAAUUGUCCUCUUAGGUAGAUUUAGUAUCGUAAAAUUAUUUUAAGAGGUAUAUGAAUAAUUUCUGAGAGCCAAAUUGAGUGACAUUCACUCAAAUUAUCUUUUAUAUUUUUUCUUUGUCUCUCUGAAGUUCAUUCUUAUUUGACCCAGCUUUUUCUCCAGAAGCCUAACAUGCACAGAUAAAAUUGAACUCUCGGGCUUGUCCAACUGAUUUUCUUGACAGAUGUUGUCAAGCGUCCUGGUCAACCGUUCUGAUGGAGCCAUUGACAAAGAGGGUUAGGCUUUUUCCACCAUACCAAAUUUUGCACACCGUGUAACUAUAAGUCUGAAGCCACUGUUUUCUCUGUUAUUUCAAGUGAGACUGUACAUUGCUUUAAUUUGUUUUUGUGGAAAGUAACCAUGCAUUUGCACCUGCAGUAGUUUCCAAAGGGCCGUUUGAGUCACGAUAUGGUUUGCAGGGUGAUAAUGGUGUAACCUUUGUACUGUGAUGUCAGAUUUGUGUUCAUUCAUGCAAAAUUGUGUGUGAAAACACCGUGACCAUCAUUGAAGCACAGAGUCCUGUCUUCAGGGGUAGAGGGGUGGGGUUUAGGGAGAGACACAGGUGGGACAUGGUGACAUUGCUGUGUAAGUUGGAGUAGUAGGACAACACCAAAGUGUCAGUCUCAAACUGAUGAAGUUUUUUCACUUUCCAGGUCAAGUGGCUGGAAGUACAUUUUUUUGUUUGUUUUAAUGUGCUUCAUGAAAAUAAAUGUCAGAAAUGCAUUCUCUUAUUGAGAAUACUGUCACUAAAGUAAAUGUUUUCUUGUGUUUGCUGAUUCAUUUUUCUUUUGCAUUGUGUACUGGGAGUGAUCGCUGUGUUUUAAUGUAGUUUUUGUGAUGCAUUGGAUGAGUGCUGAGAUGGUCUUCCAGGCUUCCAUGCAUAAGUUUGAUUAUUAAAACUAGAGGUUUCAUACAAGCAUAAUGCGGAACAAAAAAUAAAGUAUGGGGGGUUGAUGAUCCUUUAUCUUCCAUUUGAAUGCACAUUUUGGUUUCAAUGAACAUAAAACCAUUGAAUGCAGCUUGUGUGUAUGGAACUGUCUAUUUCUCAGCUGUGCUUCUUUGACCAUGUUUGAUAACUAAUUUAACAUUCACAGUAACAAAAUGCAGCUACUCUCAUUUUGUUGAGACAUCCAAAAACUUUUUAAUACUUUUCUACAUGUAUCCUUUCUUUAUGCUAUUAAAUUUUUGAUUUCUUAUAUACAUAGUGUACAAAUGUGUGAGAAAUAAGUUGUUGGUUUUGAAGAAAACGAUGAUUAAAGUGCAAAAUGUUGCAAACGUUUCAUUA